AUGUCUAUUGGUUAUGGAUGCUCCGCUCACACAAGUAGUGAUAUCAUUUCGUCCUUUGUUGAAGCAAAUUACCAGUUUUUGAAUUUCCCUGAUCCGGAAUACCAGUAUCUCAAUCUCCGUAAAAGCAUUGCUUGUGUGGCUAUUAGGAGUAGGGCUGCUAGAAACCCUAACUCUCACUCUCACUCUCAUUCUCAUUCUUCCAGCCUCUCAUCUCAGCCGUUUUCACAUUUCCCUCUCUUCAAAAAUUUCAUUCUCAAUUUCUCUGUUUCUCCUCAAAACCCUAACCCUAAAUCGUUUCAAGCAAUCAAGCUUAACGUCUCAGCUCUGAACAUAUCAAAGUUCUUCAACUUCUUCUCCAAGCCGUCAAAGCUCAAAGACUUUUCGGUCGAUCUGCAAUUAUCCAUCUUCAAAUCUUUCACCUUCAUCUUCAAAUCUUCCUCUGCUUCUAAGCAGUUAUGGACACCCAUGACCCAUGUACAACAGCUUUCUUCUGGGAAGAUGAGAAGAUUCAUGAGAUUGUUACUUUAAAUACAUUUGUUUCUUUUUAAUUGUGGUUUGUAAUUUGUUAAGACUUUAUUUUUUAUGUAAUAGUUAAUUAGGCAUUUAGACUUGUUACAGUGCUAGACUAUAUUUGGUUUUCUUGAAAACUUUAAUUUUGAAAAUCAUG